AUGGCGAGAAAAUACAGCAGCAGCAGUGAAUCUAGUGAUGACGAGAGAGAUGGACAUCGUCGUCGUGAUAGUAAAAGAGAUUCAAAAUCAGACAGCCGUCAUAAUCGGGGCAGCCGAGGAGAUGAGAGUGAUGAAUCAUUAGAUAAGAGACAUGAUAAGCGUGAUGAACGUAGUAGGCCUCGCGAUAGGAAUAGAGAUGGGGAAAGAUUUAGUCGAGAGCGGAAGGAAGCCAGGGAGAGUUCUGAGGAAGAAGGAGAGUUGGUGGAGAGAGAUAGAAAGCAUGAGGGACGGCGAGAGACUAGGGAGAGGGAAAAGGAGAAGGAAAAGGUUAAUAGGAGUUCUGAUGAAGAGGACGAUAGGAGGGAGAAGGAGAGGAGAGAAAGAGAGAAAACUGAUCGGCGGGAGAAUGGGCAUAGAAGGAGAGAAAAUGAGGAUGGUUAUAGAAGUAGGGACAGGCAGGAACGGCGUCGGGCUUUAGAUUUCGAGGAUGAUGACAUUGGGUUGCGAAGAAAAUCAGAGCGAGAUAGGGAUAGGAGGCGUAGAGAUAGAGAUUAUGAUAGUGAUAGUGAUAGAAGGAAUGAGAGAGGUAAGGAGAGGAAUGAGAGGGGGAAAGAAGGUCGGAGUUUGAAGCAGAAAGAGGAUGGUCAUAGGAGGGCUGUUGAACAGUCAAAACCUCGGAGAGAAACGACAGUGCAAGAAGGAAAUCAGGGUACUGAUGCUUCAGUUUUGGGUAAGACUGGAGGGGUUUACAUUCCUCCAUAUAGGUUGGCCCGGAUGAUGAAAGAGGUCGAAGAUAAAAGUGGUGUUGAAUAUCAGAGAUUGACUUGGGAUGCACUUCGUAAGAGUAUUAAUGGGCUUGUGAACAAGGUUAACGCUUCUAAUAUAAAGAAUAUCAUCCCGGAACUGUUUUCUGAGAAUUUGAUUCGAGGAAGGGGUCUUUUCUGCCGGUCGUGUAUGAAGUCCCAGAUGGCAUCUCCAAGGUUUACCGAUGUUUUUGCUGCACUGGUUGCUGUUGUCAACACCAAGUUCCCUGAGGUGGGUGAUCUUCUGUUGAGAAGGAUAGUUCUGCAGCUAAAGAGAGCCUUCAAACGGAAUGACAAGCCUCAAUUGUUAGCUGCUGUUAAAUUUAUAGCACAUCUUGUAAACCAGCAAGUAGCUCACGAGAUUAUUGCUCUAGAACUCCUUGCCGUUUUGUUGGAAAAUCCCACCGAUGACAGUGUUGAGGUAGCUGUGGGUUUCGUCACAGAAUGUGGAUCAAUGCUUCAGGAUGUGUCGCCAAAAGGCUUGGAUGGAGCUUUUGAACGAUUUCGUGGAAUUCUUCAUGAAGGAGAGAUAGACAAGAGGGUUCAAUUUUUAAUCGAAGGCCUUUUUGCUAUAAGAAAAGCCAAAUUUCAGGUGCAUUCUUGUGUCUCUGUUGAUAUCUUUGGGUACCCUGCUGUUCGUCCGGAAUUGGACCUUGUAGACCAGGAAGACCAGUUAACUCAUGAGAUAUCUCUUUCAGAAGACAUAGAUGCGGAGAUCACCCUUGAUAUUUUCAAACCAGAUCCUAAUUUCUUAGAGAACGAGAAGCGCUAUGAAGAAUUGAAGAAAAGCAUUCUUGGUGAGGAGUCUGAGGAUGAAGAUGGCUCUGAUGCUGCUUCUGGUGAUGAUGAUGAUGAUGAUGACAACACUGAUGAUGAUGAAGAAUCUGAGGAAGAAGAUGAAGAGCAGAUGCGAAUAGAUGAUCAGACAGAAACAAACCUUAUUAACCUUCGGAGGACAAUCUAUCUGACAAUCAUGUCCAGUGUAGAUUUUGAGGAGGCUGGCCACAAACUAUUGAAAAUUAAACUAGAGCCAGGACAAGAGAUGGAGCUGUGCAUUAUGCUCUUGGAAUGCUGCAGUCAAGAGAGAACAUAUCUCCGGUACUAUGGUCUUUUGGGGCAGCGGUUCUGUAUGAUCAACAAAGUGCACCAGGAAAAUUUUGAGAAGUGCUUUGUUCAACAAUACUCAAUGAUUCAUCGUCUCGAAACAAAUAAGCUGCGUAAUGUGGCCAAGUUUUUUGCCCAUUUACUUGGUACUGAUGCGUUGCCUUGGCAUGUUUUAGCCUACAUACGCUUGACCGAGGAGGACACAACUUCUUCUUCCCGUAUUUUUAUCAAGAUUCUCUUCCAGGAAUUGUCAGAGCAUCUUGGCAUUCGAACACUGAACGAGCGCCUUACAGAUCCCACCAUGAUAGACUCAUUUGAGUCAAUUUUUCCUAGAGAUAACCCCAAGAACACGCGGUUUGCCAUUAACUUCUUCACAUCGAUUGGGCUUGGUGGUAUAACUGAAAAUUUGCGCGACUAUUUAAAGAAUAUGCCACGGAUGAUCAUGCAACAACAAGAACAAGUUUCAGAAUCUGGAUCCGGAUCAGAUGAUGAAUCUGGAAGUUCUAGUUCAUCUGAUUCAGAUUCCAGCAGUUCCGGAACAGAGUCAGAUUCAUCAAGUUCUGAUGAGGAUGAAAGGCAUAGGAAACGGCUCAGGAGUAGUAGAAGGGAUGAAAGACACAGGAAGCGAAUCCGAGCACUUAACUGUCCUGUUCUAAUUCUGUAUUACCAUUUGGAAGUGCUUUUGGAUUCAGUUAGAAGGGGGAAAAAAAGAGGAGAGAAUUCUGAGCGUGCCGUCUUUUUGCAACGAUCUCUUGAAAUGCUCGCAAAAACUCGGUAUGUUAAAAAAGUAAUUGAGGAAAAAACCGGUUUGGAAUCCGAAAAGCAAAAGAUUUUGUUCAGAGGAAACGAAAAGGAGGACGGAGAGAAUUUGCAGGAGGCAGGUGUGAAGAAUAAAUCGAAGAUUUUGGUUUUGGAGGAGGUGAGGAAAGAGAAGAAGCUUGAGGAGAUGAAGGGAAGCGAGGAGACAUCAAAGGGGCCUGUGAACGAAAAUGGGGAGGAGAUGUCAAGGAUGGAGGUGAAGGGAAAUGAGCAGGAGAUGGCGAAGGCGUUUCAAGCUAUUGCUGAAACAAGGGCGGAGAUUGAUAAGCUUGCCGAGAGGGUGGCUGCAUUGGAAGUGGCUGUGAAUGGUGGGACCAAGGUUUCGGAGGAUGAAUUGGUUGUUUGUGCGGAGAUGCUCAUGAGGCAGUUGCUGAAAUUGGAUACUGUUGAGGCUGAAGGAGAAGCAAGGAUACAGCGAAAAGCUGAGGAGUUGGAAUACAUAGUUGGUCAUGCCACCAAAGCUGAUGAAAAGUGGAGGAAAGAAAUGCUGGCUAUGGAUGAGUGUCCUAAGGACAACAAUGUUGAACUCUUACUCUGGUAA